AUGUCGGGUAAAAUUACUAUGCAGUUUACUAAUAAUGAAAUAACAAAGUACAUAUUUCUAUUUUCUAUUUCGACUGCUGUAUUCGUUAGUACUAUCAGUGGUGAUUUCGUAUAUGAUGACAGAGCUGCAAUUAGCGAGAACGAUGAUGUUGCUGGUAGAUCGUCGCUGUUCUCCGUAUUCUUCCACGAUUUCUGGGGAAAUGAUAUAAGCAGUCCUGGGUCUCACAAAAGUUGGAGGCCUCUCACAACUAUUUCUUUUCGGAUCACUCAUUCCAUUUUUGGAUUCAAUUCGGCAAUAUUUCACUUUGUGAAUGUCCUCCUACACGGGAUUGCCUCUUGUUUGGUUUACCAAUUGGGAUGUUCUAGAAAACGAAUAGAUACCGUACCGUUUCUGGCUGCUCUCUUGUUUGCAGUUCAUCCUAUUCACUCAGAAGCUGUAGCUAGCAUAGUUGGCCGAGCAGAUGUUCUGUUAACAAUUUUUGUGUUGAAGUCGUUGAUUGACUUUGAGAAGAGACAGAAUGUUUUGCAUUCAUUUUUCUGGUCAGCAUUGGCUGUGGGUAGUAAGGAAUCCGGUGCAAUUCUACCAUUCCUUCAUAUUGUUCAAUUAUUCCUUCAAAAUAAGCCAAGAACAAAACUCACCAAAGUUUUUCAAUUACUUGCGAUUGGAUUAGGAAUAACUUACUUCAGACUGUUUGUCAACAACUUCCAGAAGCCACAAUUUGCGAAGUCAAGCAAUCCAUUGGCUUUCGAGAAGAACUCGUUUACACGUCUUCUCACCUUACUCUAUCUGCCUUUGUUCAACUUGCGACUGUUAUGUUUUCCUAAUACGUUGAGUUUCGAUUGGUCACUGGAGUAUAUCCAGCCGAUAGUGUCUUCAUCAGACUUCAGAAUAGCAUUGAUCAUAGUGUUUUAUACAUUGGUUACAUUGCUUUGUGGAUUAAUAGGGUUGAGAUGUUUUGAAAAGAUUUCACGAAGCAAGUUAUUGCAUUUGACUUCAUUACAAAACGGCGAUAAUCUGGAAGAUAUUUUGUUCUUCUCAUUCAUUCUACUCGUAUCAUUCUUGCCUGCCUCUAAUCUGUUCGUUUAUGUGGGAUUUGUGAUAGCCGAACGAAUUUUAUAUUUGCCUUCAGUAGCUUUCUGUUAUCUGGCUGCUGUUACUUUCGUAUUUCUUGAAAAGAAAUUCCCCAAAUACAGAGAUAUCCUGAAUGUCGCUUUUAUCGCGGCUUUAUUACUUCUGGCUCAGAGGACUAUCAGUCGGAAUGCAGAUUGGCAAACGGCAGAAGGUCUUUACCGAAGUGGUAUGAAUACCAGUCCCGCAAAAGCUCUGACCAAUUUGGGACGCGAGCUUUCUGAUAAUCCUCUAAGGCGUGAGGAAGCUCUACGAGCUUAUGAAGCAGCUUUAAAAAUUCAACCAAACAUGGCCGAUGCCUGGUAUAAUUUAGGUGUCCUAUACAAUGAGAAGAAGAAUAUGUCAAAAGCGGAAAGAUGCUAUCGUGAAGCUAUACGAUUCAGAGAAUACUUUACUCAAGCAUAUUUGAAUCUUGGAAUUCUUCUAUGGCAACAGCAGAAGCUAGAAGAUUCUCUGCAAAUUCUUCAUCGUUGCACUCUUAUUGAUGGAUUACGAACAAAAAGCCAGCGACUUCAUGAAAAAACGCAGAUCAGUUGUUGGCUACAAAUGGCUCAAAUUUAUCAAAGUGUGGCACGUGUGGAUGAGGCGAAGGCGAUCAUAGAGCAAAUUCCUGUUGUGAAGAUAACUAAUUCUGAACAGUUGAUCAAUGCAUACAAUCUGUUUGCUGAAGUGUAUGUCAAGUUGGAUGAAUCUCAGAAGGCUGAUGAGUUCUUCAUGAAAGCUUUAGCUCUUUCACCUCAAAAUGAAAAAACUUACUUGAAUCUCGCAUACUUUCGCGUAAAACAAAAUCGUUCCGAAGAUGCCGUGUCGAUAUUGGACGAGCUGGACAAACUCAAUUUCGCAUCCAAUCAGAUACUUUAUCAUAAAGCUGUUAUGCACACAAAACUGGGCAAUUGGAAGUUAGCAGAACAGCUGUUGAAAAGGAAUCUCGACAUGAAUCCCAAUCACCUCAACACUUUGAAUGCCUUAGCUUUCAUCUAUAAGGACCACAAGAGAAUGUUGGAAGCUGAAAAAUUGCUCCGUCGUGUUGUAGAACUAGAGCCAAUGUCGUCCACGAGUUAUUCCAAUUAUGGAGCCAUUUUGCAUAUUAUGGGCAAACUGGAAGACGCUGAGGUCUAUUACCUCAAAGCCAUCCAAAUGGGCCCCAAUGAUGAAGUGGCUUCUAGCAAUUUGCAAAAACUUCGACGCAGUAUGAAACUUAGGACUAAAGCUUGA